AUGAAUUUCUACUUAUUUGCAAAGUUUAAAUAUUUAUUUUAUUUUUAUAACAAUAACAAUUUUUUAUUAAAAAAUUAGAAUCCCUUUUAAAAAGUUCCUAAUAAAAUAAUCGAAUUAAUUCCUAGUAAUCGUAUAAUAUGGAAUUAUAAUAAAUAAUAACUCUAGUAUUAAUUAUUAGGUUUUUAAUUAUAAGUAGGAUAAAAUUUUUAUGAAUUUCUUGCUGAAGAACUUUCAUUAAAUAAAUUAAAAUCUUUUCUCAGCUAAAGAAUAUUUUAAGCUAAAUUUUAAGAUGAAUAUAAAGUUGAAAAUUAAAUUGGAAAAGGAAAUUAUGCUAGAGUAAUAUAUAUAUAUAUAUAUAUACAUAUUAUGAAAUUAUUUAAAGGAGUUAGAUAUGCAGUAAAAUGUUUUGAAAAAUAAAAAUUAUAUGACAUAGAUAAGGGAAUGGUAAAAAUAAUAUAUAAGAAAUAUAAAUUUUAAAAAAUAAAUAAAUAAAAGCUUUCUUUAUACAAUGAAUUAAGAAUAAUGCGUUGUUUAACAAACCAUUUAAACAUAAUAAAAUUAUUUGAAGUAUUUGAAGGAGAAAAUACUUUUUACUUUGUAAUGGAAAUAGUUGAUGGUACAACAUUAUAUGACGAAAUAAAAAAGCAUUCAUAAACACCCUAUAAAGAUAAUGAAGUUAAAGAAAUAAUAAAAUUGCUAAUAUAAGGUAUAGAUUAUUGUACUCAAAAUAAUAUCAUGCACAGAGAUAUAAAACCUGAAAAUAUUCUCUUUUCAAAAAAAAAUAACAAAAUAAUUUUAAAAAUUGUCGAUUUCGGACUCGCAUCAUUUGUGAAUGACGAUCCUUAUAUUUUUCCUAAAUGCGGAACCCCAGGUUUUGUGGCUCCAGAAAUAGCUAAUUUAGUUGAUAAAAAUUCAGGAUAUUCAGCUAUAUGUGAUAUGUUUUCUAUAGGAAUAAUUUUUCAUAUUUUGCUUACUGGCGAAGCUGUUUUUCUAGGAAAGAAAUUUAAUGAUGUUUUGAAAAAAAAUAAAGAUUGUAUCAUUGAUUUUAAUAAACCUAUUUAUGAAAAUCUUUCAUAAGACUGUAAAAAUCUUUUAUAAAGACUUCUUGAAAAAGAUCCUAUUUAAAGAAUUAAUUCAAAAUAAGCCCUUGAACAUCCUUACUUCUAAACUUAAUAUAUGAAAAAGAUGUCUAUAGAUGAUGUUUCUUCCUCACAAUUAGAAUCAUUUUAAAUUAGACAAAAAAACAAUUCUUUGUUUACUACUCCUUUAAGAAUUCCUUAUUUAACCAAUGAUGAAAGUUAAUAAUAAGUUAUUUAAGAUAAUCUUAACUCUUUUGUCACAAGAGAUCCUGUUAUGCUUGCCUAAAAUUAAAAACUUGAUCCUUCUAAUGCUUUUUAUUAUACUAUUGGAAGAUCGAACAUUGAAUAUAAUAGUUGA